AUGGUUCAGUUAAAUAGAGACCUGCAAAACGAGUCAGACAACGAAACUGUUCCGUUAUUACGGAGUCAGCUUCUGGAACAAUUGCAACAGCAACAGCAGCCACAGACCCAUGAUACCUCGAUGGAUAAUGAGGACGUACAAUCAAAAUAUGAAGAAAUUAGAAGAGAGUUGAUAGAGUUUUCAAAGAGACGAUUUUGGUGGUUUUGCUCAUUAGGGGUAGUUGCAAUUAUAGCGAUGCAUUUAUCAUUUUUGCCGAGAACUUCAUUAAGUAGGGAUUUUCGGAGAUGGCAUGGACAACACUUGACUAAAUCGGAUGUCAAGCGUAAUUAUCUCUUAUUCAGUAGUAUAGGAAAUACCUACAAUGAAGUGGCAAAUGAGGAUUAUAUUAGUUGGUGGUUAGGCAAUUUCACUACAAUAAAUCGGAAAAAUAAUGAAAACUUGAUAGGAGCUGAUAAUAAUGAAUUGCUUUCAUACGUUAAGAAAAACUUCAAGCACUUAGGGUUGGAAACUGAAACACACACUUAUGAUGUUCCUAACUUGCAGAAGCCACUUUCGCUGUCAAUUGAAUUAAUUGACUCCAAGACGGGAAGCAGCGUUUACAAUGCAUCCUUAUUCGAGCCUUCCUUUAAAACGCCUGCUUAUAAUGGAUUUGGGUUCUCCGGAAAUGCUACUGGGGAAUAUAUCUAUGUCAAUGAGGGUACUAAUGAAGAUUUUCAAUUGUUACUAAAGAACAAAAUUGACCCAAAGAAUAAGAUUGUUAUCGCCAGAUCGAAUAUAAGUUCUUAUUUAUCUACAUCUGAGAAAUUACAAAUAGCGGAAAACUAUGGUGCUAUUGGUUUCAUUGUCUAUAAUGACAUCAAUGAUAUAAAUGACACCAAUAAGUAUUUGAAACUGGCGAUACAAAGAGAUACUGUCGGAUUCAAUUUUUUCGAUAAUUCAGAGGCAAUGGUUUGUCCAUCCAUUCCAUCGAUUCCGAUAAGCUUCAAUUCUGUGAAGCCAAUAUUAGAGACUUUUAAUUCCAACGUAGUUAAUCGUGAUUUUUCACACUGGCCUUUUUACCCGCUAAUAAAGACAAGCCCUUUCAAAUUGGAAAUCACUACAAAAUUCGCUUCAGAAAAAAACAGAAAGCUAACUAAUGUCAUAGGUUCGUUGCAAGGUAUCAUAAAAGAUAGUGAAAUAAUUAUCGGAGCUUCGCGUGAUUCAUUUACGAGUUCAAGUCCCCUUAGUAGUCAUGUCAUUUUGUUUGAAAUAAUGAGAAACUUUCGGAGAUUAAGAAAACUAGGAUGGAAGCCAUUGAGAACUAUAAAGUUUGUAUCCUGGGAUGGUACUCAUAAUGGUCUCUUGGGAUCCAGAUCUUUCACAAAUGAUACUAAUGCAUUUAAUUCUAAACAGCCAGUACUUUGUUAUAUCAACAUAGAUGGGGAUGCGGUUAUGGGCAGCCGUUUUAAAGUAGACUCAAAUCCAAUGUUUAAUCAUGUCUUGAAGAAAAUUUCUAGGUUCAUUCCAAUACCUAAGAAUUCUACCAUUUUGAAGGCACAACCAAAUAAGGGGCAUCGUGGAAGUGGCGAUGAUAAUGAUCAUGAGGAUGAAGAGUUCACCACUUUGCAUAAAUAUUGGGCGAAACAAGAUAAUAUAUCUAUAAAUAAUUUGCUUGGAGAACUGAUAAAAACUUCAGAUGCUCUUGUUUUUCAGAAUUUUUUGGGGGUUCCACUGAUUAAUAUCAAAUUCGAAAAUGACCCUGUACGGGAUCCAGCUAUACAUACUCCUAACUCAAAUUAUUAUUCAUACGAUUGGUUGAUCAAGAGUAAAAUCGAUAACGAUCUAUUAUUGCAUGGUCUGUUAAUUAGAUAUUUGGGAUUAUUGGCUGUAUCCCUAGGUGAGCAUGAAGUCAUAGAUAUGAAAACAGUUCUGUAUUUCCGAAAAAUAGGCUUAUAUUUUGAUAAAUUCACCACUGAUAGCAAACCUAAACUUCAAGACUGGUCAUCAAAAAAAGUACCAUUGCAUUUGCUUGAGAAAUCAAGUCUAUAUUCACGCUUGAAAAAUGAUGUAUUGGACGGUAAGAUCAAGUUUUCCAUGUUGUUAGAAGAGAUUCAUUCUUUACUUGGAGAUUUAGUGAAACAUUCGCUAGCCCUAGAUAUCUACAACGAUGAUAUUGCACAGAAGUUGAUAGAAGAUUUUGCGUGGUACAACCUGUUAAAGAAGUUGAAAAUAUAUGCUCAAUACAAACUCGCUAACUAUAGAUUACUGCAUUUUGAGAACGCUUUAACAUUGAACAAUAAAGAUUAUCAAUAUAUGUAUGACGCUAAACAAGAGGGGUUAUUUAACCAUGUGUUAUACGGUGUACCGGAAUUCUCUACUCGUGAAAACAACACUUAUUAUUCGUCUCGUGUUAAUCAUAGUAUUUUCCCAUAUCUUUAUAGAUCAUUGAAAGAUGAUAAUUUUGAGCUUACUGUUAAGUGGAUUGUUACUCUUUAUGAAAAAUUGCAUACAGUAAGUAACAAGAUCACAUAG